AUGGAAUCGUCAUAUCAGAUGGAUAUGUUACGUGGACGAUGUCAAGAACUUCCAGAAGUGCGGUCAAAAGUCGUACGUGUCUUUGUUAGUUCAACAUUUUCAGAUACACUUAGCGAACGAGACUCAUUAAUUGAUAGUGUCUUUCCAAAAUUAAAAGAUUAUUGUCGUGAAAAAUAUGGUCUUGAAUUUCAAUAUUCGGAUAUGCGAUGGGGCAUUGAAAAUGAAUCAGCCGAUAAUCAUAGUGAAGUUGAAACUUGUCUUAAUGAAAUAAAAUUAUGUCAGAAAUAUUCAAUGGCUACUAAUUUUGUGGUUCUAUUAAGUCAUCGUUAUGGUUCACGACCAACACCAGCUACUAUUCAUGCAUCACUUUUUGAACGACUACAACAAAUUAUUCUUUCCGAUUUGAAUUUAACCGAGGAUGCUGAACUACUUUCUCAAUGGUAUCAACUAGAUACGAAUUGUAUACCAUCUGCUUAUAUUCUUCGUCCAAUUUCGUCAAUGUUACCAAACAUAAAAUCAACAGAAUUAGAUGAAAUGAAAAAAGCUGCAAAAGAAUGGACAAAAAUAAAUAAUCGUAUUCGAACGUGUUUACGACAAGCAGCAGCGAAAUGUUUCGAACAAGGUCAAAUCAAUGCAAAUGAAUAUGAUGAUUUUUUUAUAUCAGUUACUGAAAAGGAAAUAAUCAAUGGAAUUCUAUCAGUACCCAAUGCUAAUGAACGUACUUUAUGUUUUCUACGUGAAAUCAAUGGUAUUUAUGAUCAUUUAUCAGAUAGUAAAGCAUCGAGAUUUAUUGAUUUAAAUUAUUCUGAUGAUGGAAAACCUAUUAUUGAUUAUGAAGCUGAUCAGUUACUCAAUCGUUUGAAAUCUACACGUAUUUCAAAUGCAUUACAAUCUAAUAAUAUAUAUUCAUAUAAAGUACAUUGGACACAAAAUGGUAUUAAUCGACAUGAUCAUGCUGAAUAUAUAUCGAAAUUUAAUGAUGAUUUCUACGAUGCAAUAAAACAACAAAUAGAUAAUUGUGUUAAAUCACGUAUUAUGAUUAUUUCUGGUCCAUUACAACAUGAAAUAUUGGAACAUGCUAUACAAUGUAAAACAUAUGUAGCUAAAUUUCAUGGUCGAGCUGAUGUUCUAGAUAAAUUAGAAAAAUAUAUUAAAAAUGAAAAGGAAAAUCGACCAUGCAUUGUAUAUGGAGCAUCUGGUUGUGGCAAAACAAGUGUACUUGCUAAGGCUGCAACUGAAGCAUUGAACUGGUGGUCUGAUCGAUCUGUAUCAGUUAUUUUACGUUUUCUUGGUACAACGCCGACUUCAUCUACAGUCUACAAAACUAUACUUUCUAUAUCUCAACAUAUAUGUAAAUUAUACAAUCUAUCAAUGGAAAUCUAUCCUGAUGUAUUACAAUUACGUCAUCAAUUGGAAACUAAUCUAUUAAUGCGUAUACCAACUAAUGAAUAUCUUGUUCUAUUACUUGAUUCAAUUGAUCAACUCGAACCAGAAGCAUAUGAUUGUCAAUGGUUAGUUGGAAUAUUUCCAUACAACGUCAAAUGUAUUGUAUCAACUAUACCUGAUCAUGGUAAUAUUUUAGCGCAUUUAAAAGGAAUUAUUAAUUAUAAUCAGUUAUCACCAAAUGAAACAGAACAUUUACUUGUUAAUGUUCCAUCAUUUGAAGCAUCAACAGUCGAAAUUGUCUAUAAUGAUUGGCUUGCAUUGAAAAAACGUUCAUUAAGUGAUGAACAACGUUUAUUUAUUCGUAAUUUAAUGAAAGAACGUAACGAAAUUCUACCUCUGUAUAUGAAACUUAUGUUUGAUAUUAUUUUAACAUGGCAUUCAUAUGAUUCAAUCAAUAUUGAAUUAAAAAAAUUAAGAAAUGUCGAUGAUUGUAUUCGUUAUCUAUUUCAUCAUUUGGAAAAAGUUCAUAAUCGUCUUUUAUUCAUUCGUGCUAUAUGUUAUAUGACAGCAUGUCGUAAUGGUAUCAGUCAAAAUGAACUUGAAGAUGUACUUUCACUUGAUGAUGAAGUUCUUGCAAGUGUUUUUCAACAUUAUAUACCACCUGUUCGACGUUUACCUGGUAUCUUAUGGACACGAAUUCGAAAUGAUUUAGAUGAAUAUAUCACAGAAAAAGAAGCUGAUGAUUCGUCAGUCAUCUUUUGGUACCAUCGUCGAUUUAUUGAAGUUGCAAAUGCUCAAUAUAUUUCAAAAAUGAAUUCUCAAGAACGAGAAGCUGUUUUUCAAAAUAUGGUUGAUCUAUACAAAGAAACAUGGAAAGGUAAAAGUAAGCCAUUCAAAAUAAAUGAUCCAAAAUUACUCAAUAAGUAUAAUUUAAAUGAAUCAAAUGGUGAAAUUCAAGCAAAUCGAUUUACAACUUCACAACCAAUCGAAUUCGUUGAUGCUAAUGGUCGUAUUCAAUUUAACAGAAGAAAAUUGAAUGAAUUACCUCAAUUCUUGAGUCAAUUAACAACAAAUUUAGGAAUUCCAAUUAUUGCUCAAGAAGUAGUUUUCAAUUAUACAUUUAUGCGUGCUAAGAUUGCAUGUUCAACAUUCAAUGAUAUUAUAAAUGAUUUUCAAAAAUUCACUGAGUCAUCAUCGUAUAGUUUAUCAGACGAAGUCAAAGCUAUAAAAUCAGAGAUUAAGAUUUUUUCAAUGCUCUAUUUGAUUGUUGGCAUUCAACUUCAACAGUAUCCGGACAAUUUCGCUUUUGAAGUAUCUUCACGUCUGUUAAGUCUAUUUGAUAUUAAGCCAUUUAUUACUAAUCUUAUCAAACAAAUCGAUGAACAAAGUAUUCGAUAUUGUUCUUUAAUUGUACCUUAUUGUCAACUUCAAUCGCCGGGUAGUGGAUUAAUCUUUUCAAUGAAUCGACAUACAACAUCUAUAGUAGAUUUUGAUUUUACAGAAGAUCAAAUGAAAGCUAUAACUCUUUCAGACAGAAUAAUUGUCAUAGAUAUGGGAGAAGUACGUACAGUCUUGGAUAUCAAUCUGCCAAACUUAGAUGAACCAUAUUUGAAUUCCACUACAUUACCAGAAACAUAUACUUUCGAUGGAAAAAAUGAAAUAAAAGAUGCACGAUCAUCAAAUGAUUCAAAUGAUGAAUUUAAACGAUAUUUAUUUCUUGUUAAUUCGUUGCAUCAUAUUUAUCUUGUAUCAGCUAAUGAGAAUAUUAAAUUUGAACAUUCGUCAAAAGUUGGUUAUUUGACUGUUGAAAUGCUUGAUAAGAGACGUGCACUCUGUGUUAUAGCCGAACGAAAUACAAAUUAUGUAGAAUGUUGGGAUGUAGUAAGAAAACGAUUAUUUGAUCGAUUUGAGUUUCCUAAAGUGAAAGUCAAAUAUGUUCUUUGUGCUCAAGUUUAUUCGAUGAUUAUUAUUGUUCUGCAAGAUGGUAUCAUUGAAUUUUAUUCGAUUACUGAUUGGACGAAAUCAUCGUUUGUUCAUCGAGGUUCAAUUCAUGCUGGAAUUCAUCUUGAACUAGUCGCAAUUAUCGGUGGAAUGUUAAUUCAUACAUUUAAUGCAAAUAUUCCUAUUGAUUUUGCUCUAAUUAGUUUAAAACAGUUCCAUAAAACGGAGCAAGUCUUAUCCGAUAAACAAGUAUUUAAAACAUUAGUUGCAUUUGAUCCUCCAAUGGGACGAAAACCAAUCGAAAGUAUCAUAUUACCCGAUAUAGAGUCAAUGUCAUUCGAUGAUAUUCAGUCGAAUUUUCCUUUUUUUAUUACCAAGACAAGAGAUGCCAUAUUUAUCGUUCAUAAAUGUAAUAAUAAGGAUAUAUCUUAUAUUCGUAUUAAUGGUCGAUUUGAUGUUGUGUCAAUGCAUGCAAAAAAUUCACACACCUUAUAUACAGCUCGUGGUGGUAUUGUUGAACUUCACAAAUGGGCUUGUAUUGAAAGCAAAGAUUGUAACAGCAGAAAUCACAAAUAUCAAUUGUAUGUUUCUAUCGAUAUCAGUUCAUCACCAAUAACUUCAAUCAAAGCUAAAGCCGGCAAUGCGUCAUUAUUCGUAUGUGCAUUGGAAAACGGAGUCUUUCAAGUAUAUUAUGCAUCACAUGCACGAGAAGCAUUCAAGAACAUGCCUUCGUUUCCACGUACAAAUGAAGUUAUACGAACUGUUCAACUACUUAAUAAGACUGCGAUUACUCUUGACAGUACACAACGCGAACUUACAUCAUGGUCAUAUCAAUAUGCACCAUUCAUUCACUCUACUCGUUCGUUUCUCGACGAUGUAACUAUAAACGAGUUUGCCAUUGCGUUUAAUAAUUUAAAUUCAGAGAUGAUAUUUGUACUCAUACUGACAACUAAUCAUUGGAUUGAAAUCUAUUCUGCUAAAUCACUUAACGAUGAAGCUCUUUAUAGUCUUCAUCUUCGUUCUCCAGCACGAGUUCAUUCGACCAUUAAUGAAAAUUUUUAUAUUUUAACAUGCAAUGGUAUCGUUUAUUCUAUUGUUCAACAAAUUGCUUCUGACAAUGAAUUUUAUUUCAAUCAGAAAACUAAUAGUCAAUUAAAAAUUCCAUGUUCAAUGAUGCUAAGUUCUGUCUUAACUCUCAAUGGACUAGAAAGUCUUAUUGUUUUUGCUGACAAUGGGCAAUCGAUGGCGAUUUGCACUAUGGAACGAGUUAUCUAUAUUGACGUCGAUGUUUCACCUUACAUUUUAUCAUCAUCAUUGAAAUCAAUCACUAGUGAAAAAACACAAAAUUUAUUGUUAUUAUAUUUCAAUAAUAAAACUCUCAUCUCGUGUCAAGUAAAAUUUGAUGGAUCAAAUGAGAAUGGUUCACUUCAAUUUACUCCAUUCGAUCAAGCUGAUAAAUUUUGUCUACAAAAUAAUUGCCUUGCUACGUACAAUAAUGGAAAAACUCAACUUAAUUUACAUGACAUUCGUUCAUGUACAUGCUAUGAACCGAUUCAACUCGAUAAUGAAUGUCAAUAUUUAUGUUUUAAUGAAUCAGCAACUUAUGUUUUCGCAUUAGUCAAACCUCGAGUGUUAUUCAUGUAUCGAAUGACUGAUCGUCGACAAAUGGCAAAAUUAUUUGUCUAUGAUUUUGUCUUGUCUAUCGUAGCCGAUAAUGAUUUUCUCGUAUUAGCUAUGAAUGAUCGGCGUUUACUUACAUUAAUGAUUGCCGAUCCUGAUGAUCCUACAUUACAAGCAAGAAUACAAGCAUUACCAAGCAGAAAUCCUCAGCGUUUGAGUAAAUCUGCAACAAAAAGACUUGUUGACCAUGUGGAAAAAUGUGGCGAUAUGAGUUCAAGCGAUGAAAAUGAAUCUGAUCUUGAUGAUGAUGAUGAUAAUAAUAAAGCCAACCAGCAAUUUAAAAAGAAGAAAAAUAACCAAACAAAUGUACAAAAGUUUGCGUCACCUACUAGUCUCUUUCGUAUCGUUACUCGGUUAAAUGGACGGCAUUCAUUUUCCAAGAUGAGAAAAGACGAAGAAAUACGAUCCCAAGUCAUGGCUAUAUCAUUGAGCAAUUCAGAGACUCUUGAUAUGGCAAAAAUGGUAGAUAAUUCGGAUGAUGAAAAUUACGAUGAUAAUAACGACGUAAAAGUUCCAGAUUUUGUUAUUAAAACAGACGAACAUAAAAAUAUCGAUGCUGAUUUGAAUGAUAUUCGUCAGAAAACAUUAGAAUUCAAUCAAAACCAAAUCAAAGGGAUUCAAUUUGCAAAUGCAGGUGAUAGAAAUUUGAAGAUUGUGAACAAUCACGCAAUAACUUCGAGUACAUGUAGUAUUACUUGA